GGCAGAGACCGCAGGAGUGAUGCUGGGGCACGAGCUGGGCUGCUAGAAACCACUUGGAAAGUUUUCUCCUCUGUAGAAGAGGCGAGAAUUUGCAACCUGCAAGGCAAUGCCAAGAGUCCGGCGUUAAAGCUUGUCAAAAGGGAGGGCGUUAGAGCUUCAUUACUGGGAGGAGUGAGCUGGCUGAUGUCCCGAGCGAGAGAAGCUCUUCCUCCAGGGCCUGAAAGGCCAGCGCGUGCAGCUCCACCUGAAAAGAGCGUUUUGAUCUCACUCCCUGGAAGCAAGCAUGUGGCUCUAUCUGGCAAUCUCACUGGCACUGUUCUUCUUGAUCCGAUGGUACCUGGAGAGACAGACGGUGGAGAACCUGAGGGAGAAAUAUGUCUUCAUCACUGGCUGUGAUUCUGGCUUCGGCAACCAGCUUGCCCGGCAGCUGGAUUUGCAAGGCAUGCGGGUCUUGGCGGGAUGUUUUACCCAGAAGGGAGCUGAGGAACUAGAAAGACUUGCAUCUGACCGGCUGAAAACCUUCAUCCUGGAUGUGACCAGCACAGAGAGUGUUGCUGCGGCAACAGAGUGGGUGAAAGGCUGCGUGGGCAACAAAGGGCUCUGGGGCCUGGUGAACAAUGCAGGAAUUGUGCUUCCUGCAGCUCCCAAUGAAUGGCUGACCAAAAACGAUUUUGUGAAAGUGCUUGAUGUCAACUUACUUGAUCUGAUUGAUGUGACUCUACAUAUGUUGCCCCUGGUGAAGAAGGCCAAGGGAAGGGUGGUCAACAUGGCCAGCAUCCUGGGUCGGCUGGCUUCCUACGGAGGAGGCUAUUCCCCAUCUAAAUACGGGGUAGAGGCUUCUGAUAGCCUGAGACGCGAGCUCCGUCCGUUUGGGGUGAAAAUAUCCAUAGUAGAACCAGGCUACUUCAGAACAGGCAUGACUAACAUCCAAAUGCGCCUCAACAAUUUGGAUCAGAUUUGGACCAGUGUUCCACAAGAAACCAAAGAAAGCUAUGGCCAGAUAUAUUUUGACAAAUAUCGCAAGGCAUUCCAAGAUUCACUCUCAGCUUGCUCCACAGACCUGUAUCUGGUCACUGACUGCAUGGAACAUGCCUUGACUUCCAAGCACCCCCGGACUCGCUAUGCUGGAGGCUGGGAUGCCCAGUUCUUUUACAUCCCACUGUCUUAUUUGCCCACAGCAUUGGCAGAUUUUGUGCUGACAAGGUCUUCGCCAAAAACUGUUCAGGCUGCACCAUAAGGGUAGAGCAGAAAAUAGUGGAUGGGCUAUGAACUUGGUAUGAGGAAAAGGUUGUUCUCUUUCUCUCAUGCUGGACAUGUACCUUUAAAUAAGCGGGUGCAGGUAUGUGUCUGAGGGAUUUUAGCUCUCUGCUGCCCCUCUGUUUACCAUACUGUGAAGUUAAACAAUGAUCUUGAAUUUACAAGAAGACUAAUAACCAAGUACUCUUUAAUAAAAUUAUUAAUUUAUACCCCGUGAAAAUCUACUAGUCAACUGGAAAGGUCUGUAAAUUAUUGAAAUUGACUCUUUGUUGUGGUAUUCUGGGUCAGCUUCAAUAAAAAGAGGGGACUAUUCUGAUCAUUGUUAAUUUUGCUAUUUGGUUACAUACCAUUCUCUAUCUUGUGAAUCAAAAGGUUUUUUAACAUUCUCAGCUUCUUUAUUACUUUUUAAAAUAUUAAUGGCUCUUAAGGUUAAAACAUUUAAAUUUUUGCUAUAUUGGAUAGCUUUUUCUAAUUGCUCAGUAAGGAUGUAUCUGCUCAGUUUUAAAGACAAGACCCAGCAUAAUAGCAUGGAUCAAUAGUUUGUUUCAGUGCUGUCUUGCAAAAAUAAAGAUCUUUUAAUCCAGGUUUCUGAAUGUAA